AUGGUCCCGGAACCACCAGCCACCAUCGUCGAUAAUGACAAGAUCGAAAAACACCAAGACCAUGUCACUACGCAUGCAGCAGAAGAGUUGAAUGGGGACAAGUACCUCGCAUACGCGAACACAAACACCAUCAUCAUAGACGAAGAAACGAACAAGAAGCUAUGUCGAAAAAUCGAUAUGAACGUGUUGCCGUGGCUGUGUGGAUUGUACAUCCUGCAGUAUCUAGACAAGGGUGUGCUCUCCUACGCCGGUGUCAUGGGCAUCCAAAAAGAAAACCACAUGACCUCCUCCGAAUACACCUGGCUCGGCUCCAUCUACUACGCCGGCUACAUCGUCGCGGCGCCCAUCCACAACCGCGCUUUCCAGCAGUUUUCCCCUUCGAAAUGGAUCGCCGGCUGCGUUGUCACCUGGGGUGUCGUCUUGUGCUGCAUGACGGCCUGCCACAAUUGGACGGGGCUCAUGAUUCAGCGUAGCUUUCUCGGCGCGCUUGAGGCGAGUAUAAACUGUGGCUUUGCGCUUAUCACGGCGGCGUGGUAUAAGAAGCAUGAACAUGGCUCGAGGGUGGGCAUCUGGUCGGCUUGCACAGGGUUUGCAACGAUGGCUGGGGGUUUGAUUGCGUUUGGAUGUGUUGCUGGGCAGCAAAAGAACCCGGGGCAGUACUCAAGCUGGAAGAUUCUGGCGCUAGUGACAGGCUUGAUCUCGGUUGUCUAUGGUGCGGCGAUGUGGUGGUGGAUGGCGCCGUCAGUCGUAGACGCAAAGUUUUUCACGGAAGAAGAGAGAACGCUCGCCGUCGAGAGGCUACGUGAGAAUCAUCAGGGUGGUGGAUCGCAGCAAUACAAACGCUACCAGGCUGUCGAGGCGUUCACGGACGUGCGAACCUGGAUGUACGUCCUCUUCGUCCUCUCCAACCAAAUCCCCAGCGGCGGCCUCGUCCUCCUCCAAUCCAUCUUGAUCAAAAACCUCGGCUUCACAACCAAAGAAACCCUCCUUCUGAACAUCCCGCAAGGCUUCAUCUCUAUCCUCUGCAACGCCGGCUUCGGCAUGCUCUCCCAGUGGACAAAACACCGCUCUGGCGCCGCCAUCGGCGCCGCGGUAUUCAGCCUCUUUUGGGCGGCACUGUACGUCGGCCUUGGGAACCAGGGCCAUUUCUACGCAAAGUACGGCCAACUCGUCGCCUACUUCUUCAUGUCCGGCAGCAGCAGCACGGCCUGGUUCAUGGUCAUCUCGAUGAUCAGCUCCAACGUGCUCGGCACGACCAAGAAAACCACGCUCAACUCGGUCGUCUUCGUGACGCUUGGGGCGGCGUAUUUCAUUGGCCCGCAGACGUUCCGCGAUCCGCCGUUUUAUGCGCAUGCGAAGAUUUCGCUGAUUGUGCUGUGGGUUGUGAGUAUUCUCGUGCUGUGUGCGUUUUUGGGGUUGAAUGUAUGGGAGAAUGGGAGGCGGGAGAGGUUGGUGGGUAGGGGUGAUAGGGGAGAGGAGGUGGAUGAGAAGGGGACGGGGAAUGUGGAGUUUAUGGAUUUGACGGAUAAGGAGAAUAAGCUUUUUAGGUAUGCGAUAUAG